CAAAACUCGCGCGCUGCCGGGAGAGAAAGACGCGUCGUCGUCGCCUUCGAGGACCACCGCCGCACCGCCUUUGUUUUGUAACCCUAAAGAGGAGUCGAAAGCCGCCCCCGCCGACGAUCUCACCUGCCUCAGGGUUCUACCUUUGCUAUCGCACCUCUACCGAAGUGCCGAAGACCCAACGUUUGGAGGCCGCUGCAGACGGCCCUGACGCCGCUACUCCGCUGGAUGGGCGGCCAUUUUGAGCGACACUUGUAAAUAAACGCCGCUAUGACCGACGCCGAGGCGCCGCUUGCGCUGCUGCCGCCCCAGGCCGCCCCCGCGGAGGCCACUCCAGUACUCGCCCCUGCUGUUGAAAAAAUCGCCCUGAAGCCGGAACCGGUGAAAAUUGAACCGCCGCCGGUGAACGGGACCGAGACCAAGUCGGAGCCGCCCCCACCGGCCCCCGCAGAUCCACCACCUCCAACAACUAACCACACUCCUAAGGUGGAGGCGGCAGCCCCCGAACCUGCACCUCCGAAGGAAAAAGAAACACCGCCACCUGCCCCUGUAAAGGAGACCAAGGAGAAAGAGCCCACCCCUGUUAAGGAACCAGCGCCGGCAGCUCCAAAGGAGCAACCGGCAAAGGAGCAAUCUGCUAAGGAGCAAUCUGCAAAGGAGCAAUCUGUAAAGGAACAACCAGUAAAGGAGCAACCAGCUCCCAAGGUCAACCACAAUAAGCGCAAACGAGAGGCCAAACCGGUCCCCGAGUCCACCCCUGGAGAACAGCGCUCCAAACGCAACCGCUUCCGGACCCAGCCCUAUCAAGCACCACUUUCCACCGCCGACCUUGGCCUCAAACCAACCUCCACCAAGACUCGCGCAAAGAGUCCAGAUGAUAAGCUUGUUGUUUUCUUCAAAAACGAAUUCCUGGGCGUCCGAAAUGCUGAAGGGGGAUUCUAUGUGUGCCAGGCCACACACAAUAUCACCAAGAAAAGCCAUAAAAUCCGCAUUCGCUGGCUUAGCCAGGAUAAGUCGGACACGGAAGUCUACUCACCAGAUUUCUACGACAACACUGAUUUUGACUGUAUACUUACUAGCCUGAAUUUGGACAGAGUUGACAAAAACAAGUAUCGGUUGCCUAAAGAUGAGCUGACAAGAAUCAAGAGCAUUCUGGAUAGAGCACUGGCUGUCGAGAAAGGGUCCGCUCGUCCUGAAGUAAACGAAAGCCAUCCUGACGGCUUGGACCUAAGUUUGUUUAAAGACCAAGCGCAGCUCAAGAAAAAGCGCCGAAAAGAGCAGACAAGCAGCCCUAAAGCCAAGGGUCGGAAGAGUACGAGCAGCAGCAGUGGUAGUAGCAGUGAAUCCGAGGAGUCGGAAUCAUCAGAAGACUCCUCGUCUGACGAAGAAGAUCCUAAACCAUCCAAGCAGACCAAAGCGCCUGUAAAAAAAGAGACGGCUGCUGAGUCUCGCGCUGCUAGAGCCGCUAAGCGGCAAUCCUCGGAAGGGGAGCCUUCUCCGGCAGCCAAAAAACCCCGCCCUUCAACCUCUAAAGCAGCUGCUGCACCUGCCAAGAAGGAAGCCAAAGGCGCUGCAAGUAGAAGAGGAGGGAGGAAGAAAUAAGUUGUACCUGUUGAACGAAGAAUAAGAAGGACUUGUUGUGUCUCGUGGUAGUAUGGGUGUGAAUUUUAACUCUCGUUAGCGCGUAAGGGCACACCACACACAUCGAUGUAUAACAGAAUUAAAGAGGAGAGCAAGCGUCUUGUGUAACAUAAAACUACACAACACGAAAAUCACACUAAACAUGAAGAGACGACACUAUAUGGAAAGAAAAUGUUACAUAAACACAAACACACACCAACCAUCAACCCUCUCGCAAUCGAGAUUCACGAAAUAAGUAAAUAAUUGAAUUUAUGAAUUAACCAUGUCAAUCGGUAUGUCUCUCGUUGUGGAUGGAUCAGCCAGACCAAUACCUAACGUACGUUCAACCUUUACUGAUCUUCAUUUUUCGUGCUAAAAUUCAAUAAAGUUCUAUUGAAUGGGACAACACAAGUUCUUUAUUUUGUUAUUGAUUGGUUACUCGCUGGUUGUCGGACCACUCGAAUACAAACGGCACUCAAAUUAGUCCAGCAAUUCUUAUUUACACUCAACUUGGUAUGAUUGAAUUUAACUAUAUUCAUUUUGUUUGGUUUUCUAUGCGCAAAUUUAUUUACAUUUUUUUACGUGUUUAUUUUUCAUACGGUCACUUGCAACUUUGCCAUAUUAUUAAUCGUUGCAAUCGAGAUCAUUUUGACUUUAUUUAGAUUAAAACUACUUCGUCUGCUUCCUAAGUGCAAUCAAUUUACUUAAUAAUCUAUAUAAAAUAUCGUAUUGUGAAUUGAAAGUGAAAAAUUAUUGUCGAAUCUAAUCAUUCAAAAUGUUAAAUUGUACUCAAUUGUAAUUAAUAAGUUGGCAUUGAUACAGAGAAGUACCAAUUUUCCAUGCGUAAAAUUAAGUUAAUUUGCAACUCACCGGUGUCUAAAUGAAAAUUGUACGUAUUUUGAAUGCAUCGUCAUAAUAAAAUUAAGGCCCAC